AUGCCAGCGCCUCGAGGACGACGGGUAACCCACGUCGGCGCGCGCUGUGUGUCUAUGCUGCGAGUGGAUGAAACCGGUUUUCCAAACGCUUCCUUCAGGGACUUGUAUGGCUGCACGAUGCUGUUGCGAGUUUUGUUUGGUUGGGCAGCGCUUGGGGCUGCACUGGCGGCGGCAAGUCUCCUGCAGGGUGCGCCGACUGGGUUCUACGGUUCCCAAGGUACUGAGCCCACGGAGACCUCUCCGGACGAACUAGAGAGCCUUGCCCGAGUCCCCGCCGCGCGAGCGCAUGCUGUGAACUCCCCAACCCGCGCCGAGGUGCCAGGUGUCUUUGUGAAUGUUGACAAGAAGCCCAGCGACGGUUCAGCCACGGAAACCGCAGACGAAGUCGAGAUGGAAGAGCCGGCUGACACGUCAAAGGCGAGGGGACGGUCGGCAUCCCCCUGGGACCGCUACGUAGUGAAGGGGAAAGUCUCUUUCCUCGAGGCCGUCGGCGCGCUGUUUCUCGUGUCUAUCGUGCACAACGCAGUCAGGGAUCAAUUUCGAGCUCUCGAGGAAACUGAAGAGAGACGCCCCCGAUCCGCCACCCCCGCUCUUAAGGGCCUCGUCGUAGCUACCACUCUCUGGAUGGCCUUGAGGAACAGGCUUCCAAAACUGUACAUUCUUCAACGGCGUGACGCCGCGAACGCGAAAAAGAAGGCCCAGGAAAACGCAAAGCGAGAUUCCGUGUCCGCGGUGUAA